UAAAACUUGGUGAGAGAAACGUACUGCAUCCUGAGGCUGCUGGUUUGGAGGCAGUGUGUUCUUCACUGCCUCUGUAGCUCAGGGCAUGGUCUUGGAGUCUUUUAGGUACAAAUUCUGGUUGUGUAUUUCCAGGAGUGUUCAUCUGGGGCAGAGCUGCGGGAUUGUGUAGAGGAUUACUGUAGUCUGUUGAAUUCUGAAUGAAUUCAGGCUGUCCUCUCAGGACAGAGGAACUCCUUAGGCUAUUUUCCGUUGUCACUUUAAUGCAUAGCCGUAGUGUGAAGUGUGAACGCUAUGAUUUAUUGGGAUUUUACAUAAGCAAAAAAGGGUGCCUGAAAUAUUGUGUAAGAGAGAGAGAAUCUGGUCCAGAGCUUAUAGGUGGAAAACUCAAAUGUGUCCCACUGGUUAUAAGUAAAAUAUGAAAAAGAGGAAAGGGUUGUAGUGGCUCUUUGCCCUUGCACAGAGAGACACCAUAUGUGGGAAGCCUCCUGAGAGAGCACCACAUUGAAAUGAUUCUGAGUUAAAACGCUGGAAGCUUCAUGUAGAGAUUUCAUGUGUUUCUGCUUCUCAGUUUUGUGGUGAGAGGGGGAAGGAGAAGGGAAUAAGUUUUGUCUCUAAGAAGUUGCUCUGUCAGAAAUUUUGAUAAAGACAUUAAAUUAAAAUAAAGAUAUCUAAACUGUGUGCAGUCAGGGAUAAAUCCAAAAAAAUAGCUGACAGAGCAAUUAAUCUUUUUCAAGCAAGAUGCUGGCAGAGUGGCUUAGGGGGCACAACUGCAUUGGGAAGAGCUUUCAAACAAAUGUAACCUUGCUGUAAUCCAAGUAGAUGUUGACUGCAAGCACAUUCCAGAGGUCUGCAUUUGUUUUAAUGAAAUCUAGAUUAUUUAUCUGAAGUCAGGAUUUUUUUCCUGCAUUUCCCUCCAAACUUUUCAGGAAGUUAAACUAAUUGCUAGGUCAUGUGGAAAAGAAUAUAAUCAAUGAGAUAAACAAGUAGGCUUCCUUAUUAUUAGCUAACUUCAAUAAUCAGUUAAAUAUACUUCAGCAAUGUCACAGGCUUAUUCCAGAGAUCUUCUGGAGAACAGCAGCAGUUUGUGCCCAUAAAUGUUUGUGUUAGUGAAAUGUUAGCAGGGUCUAAACAACUUAAAAACAGAAAAAGCCUUAAAGUUUAUCAUCAUGCAAACUUACUUUCAUGAAUUUACUCUCAUCCCCACUUAGGAUUCCUGGUUCCAUGUUGAAAUCAUCUUCUGUGAUCAUGCCCUUCUAGAAAGGGUGUCAAAUAAGAUUAGCAACAUAAAUCUGCUGCUUCGUGAGUUUUACCCAGCUGCCUGGUGAUUUCACAGCUGUUUCUGCAGUUGAUAACAAUUUCCAUCGCUCUGCUUUCUGCAGAGUCGUCCCUGCACUGCUGCAGAGUCCGCCUUAUCCCUCUCAGAGUUACUAAUCUUGCUUUUAAAAAUCCAGAAACAGAAAUGAACAACAGUAAAUAUAGUGGACUUGUGUUUAUUACAGAGAGUUCUUGGACUGAGAAACUUCCAUGCUAGAAUAUUGUCACCUCCAGUUUAUCAUUCAGCAAUAUCUGACACUUCAAAGACUCGAGCAGCUCUUUCUGCCUUGAAUUGUCUUACAAGACAUCUUCAGCACUCUUUUACCAUGGAUUUCUCCUGUAUCUGUGCAGCACGAGCUGAGCAGAGCCUGCUCUAGCCUAAGAACGGGCCGAGUCAAGACAAUCAAGAUGACAAAUGAACCUAUCAAAGAGAUCCUGGGCACCCCAAAGCACCCUGAUUCUGUACCCACAGAGAAGAGUAACAACAAUGACUGUGUGAUAACCACCAUUCCUCUGGUCAGUGAGUGCCAGCUGACGGCAGCCACGGGGGGAGCAGAGCUCUCCUGCUACCGCUGCACCAUUCCCUUCGGCGUGGUCAUCCUGAUAGCUGGCAUCGUGGUCACUGCCGUGGCAUACAUCUUCAACUCCCAUGGAUCCAUCAUCUCUGUCUUUGGGCUGGUCCUCUUGUCCUCAGGACUUGUUCUGCUGGCUUCCAGCACCGUGUGCUGGAAGAUCAGGCAGCACAAGAAGAAAGCAAAGAGGCGGGAGAGCCAGACAGCGCUUGUGGCAAACCAGCGAACCUUGUUCGGUUAAAGGCAGCCAGGAGAAGGCUGGACAGAAGGCAGAACCUUUGUAAGUCAACUUGGCUAUUUAUCAGUAGGAGAGAUUGCAGGUUUUAAUUUAACUGUAGAAACGAACUGAAAUGAAAGUGGAAUGGAUUAAGAAAUACUUGUAACAACUCUGCAAGUGCUCUCAAUAUAUUUCUUACUGCAGACUUGGUAGUGAUUCUUUCCAAGACAGAGGAAAACGCAUUUUUUUCCGUCACGGAAAACUGUGUCACAUAACUGCAACCAUCCUAACUGCGUUCUCCAACAUGCUGAUCGUGUUGGAAAGGGAAUGUGUGGGAACUGAGAAAAUAAUUUGAAUUGACUUGAAAUGCCAGAAGUCUCCUUAAAACACUGACAUUUGACCAAGGGAGAAGUCAUAGCAUUUGAAGUGACUACAAGCUUAUGGUCAGAGUAUCUGGGACUUAAACUGCAGCUUAAAAAAAAAAAAAA